GAAUCAAAUUCACAAGCAUUCAUUGAGCCAGGAGAAGUUUUGGAGGAGCAUAUAAUUGACGAACAAAUUAUCGACGAACAAAUUAUUGAUGAACAAAUUAUUGACGAACAAAUUAUCGACGAACAAAUAAUCGAAGAACAAAUAAUCGAAGAACCAAUUAUUGAAGAAGCUAGAAGUCCUAUGGAAGAAGACAGUGACGAAAUGGUUGAAUUUAAAGAUGACUCCGUACAAGGAUUUUUUAAUCAUAAAGAUUCUGUUUAUGCUAUUGAUAUAAAUCCUAUUAAUGAAGAUAUAAUUAUAUCUGGUGGUGGAGAUGAUAAAAGUUUCUUAUGGAGAUGUGAUACAGGAGAACAAUUAUUUGAAUUAUCAGGUCAUACUGAUUCAGUAACAAAUACAUUAUUUAGUAAAGAUGGUCAAUAUAUAGCAAGCGGUGGUAUGGAUGGUAAAGUUAAAGUAUGGAAAGUUGAAAAUGGACAAUUAAUUUUAUCAUUAGAAGGUUCUGAUGAAAUUACUUGGUUAGAUUGGCAUCCAAAAGGAAAUAUUUUAUUAGCAGGAGCAAAUGAUGGUACAAUAUGGAUGUGGCAGAUACCCUCCGGAAAUUGUAUGAAUGUAUUUGCAGGUCAUUCAUCAAUAGUUACAACAGGACAAUUUACACCUGAUGGUAAAAAAAUUGUAUCAGGUUCAGAAGACACUUCAUUAAUAGUAUGGGAUCCAAAAACUGCCAUUUCAACUCUUAAAAUAUCUGGUGAAGAUGCAAGAUUUCAUAGAGAGGGUAUAACGUGUUUAGCUGUUAAUCAAGAAAGUACUUUAGUGUUAUCUGGAUCUACCGAUACUACUGCCAAACUUGUUAAUUUGACAAAUGGGAGUGUAAGUUUUUCAUAUCUUUCAUUAUUGGAUCAUUCGAAGAUCAUACAGAAUCUGUUGAGACCGUUGGAUUCUCAGAUAUUAGCAACGGGUUCUAUAGAUGGUAAAUUAAAUGUUUGGGAUGUUAAAACAAUGCGCUUACGUCAAACAUGUAAUCACGAUGAUGCUAUAAUUAAAUUACAAUGGCAUAAGGAUUCUCCUCUGUUAACUACUUGUUCUGCUGAUAGAACCGUACGUGUAUGGGAUGGUAGAACUGGUAAAUGCGAAACAACUUUUCAUGGUCAUCAAGAUGCUAUUCUUGGAUUUGCUAUGUCAAGGGAUGGUAAAAGAAUUGUUACUGCUAGUGAUGAUCAUUCAUAA